AUGUCCGAGCGGAGCGUAGUCAUAGUUGGAGGCGGGCUUGUUGGGUCGCUGGCAGCCUGCUAUUUUGCCAAGCGUGGAUGGAAGGUUGACCUGUAUGAGAAGCGCCCAGAUAUCCGCCUUCCAGAGAACAAUAAUCUCGUCGAGCACCGCUCCAUAAAUCUGGCCAUUUCCGAGCGUGGGUUUUCAGCACUACGGCGUCUAGACCCCAAACUAGAGUCCUAUGUGAAAUCGCUAGUCAUUCCAAUGCAUGGGCGCAUGAUUCAUGCGCUUAAUGGCAAGCAAACCAGCCAGGCCUACGACGAAGUCUCCAAACAACACAUCAACUCGGUUGGGCGCAGUACCCUGAUCAAUGUUCUCCUCGAUACUGCAUCCAACUAUGACCUGGUGACGCUGCAUUUCAACUACAACUUUGUGCAGGCCGAUCUGGACUCUGGCCGAGUGGUUGUGCGGGACAAUGACGGACAGAACAAGGAGGUUACGUGUGACCUGGUGGUUGGUGCCGAUGGAGCAUACAGCAAGGUGCGGCAGCGCAUGAUGGGAAAGGUCAUGAUGAACUACUCCCAGACGUAUAUCGAGCACGGGUACUGCGAGUUCUCCAUGCCGCCGACAGAUAGUGGUGAUUAUGCCAUUGACCCAAAUCACCUGCACAUAUGGCCGCGCGGCUCCUUUAUGCUCAUCGCACUGCCCAAUUUGGACAAAUCCUUCACCUGCACGCUGUUCAUGCCCUGGAAGCAGUUCGACCAGAUCAAAAGCAGCAAGGACGUCGUUGCGUUCUUCAGCAAGUAUUUUCCCGACGCCCUGCAGCUCAUGGGCCCAGAUAACGUGUGCGCAGAAUACACAGCCAACCCCAAGGGCUUUCUAAUGUACAUCAAGUGCACGCCGCAUACGUACAAGGGCCGCACAGUCAUCUUGGGCGACUCUGCACACGCGAUGGUGCCGUUUUACGGACAGGGCAUGAACUGCGGCUUCGAAGACGUCGAGACGCUGGAUUCAAUUAUGCUCAGUAUUCUGCAAGAGUCGGGGAACGAAUCGGAGCGCACAUCGGAGCUCUCCGAUGACCAGCUGGUUCGCGCACUGGACGAGUACUCGGCUGUACGCUCGGCGGACAGCGGGGCCAUUGUGGAUCUGGCGCUGGAUAACUACGUCGAGAUGCGCGCAAAGGUCGUUGACUAUGCGUACCUGUUCCGAAAGAGACUCGAGGCCAUGCUGCAUAGGAUUUUCCCCAGGCACGUUAUUCCAUUGUACACUAUGGUCAGCUUCACGUCUAUUCCGUACUCGGCUGUCGUCAGACAAUGGAAUCGCCAAACUGUGUGGCUUCGCUGGUCUAUCUGGGCCAUAUAUGUUGCGGCUGCGAUUGGCGUGGGCGCCAUGUCUGCACGUAUCCUGGGUCUGCGCGCGGCGCCCCUCGCCGAGAUUGCGCGCAUGCUUUCGCACAGAAAGUAA